GACCUGAGCUGAGGUGCUCUUGAUAAAGUUGUGAUAUUGUCUUGAAAGAUGGCUGCUGAAUUGUUCAAAAACAAGGAAUUUUCAGAAGUAUAUAACAAACAUAUGAUCCCCAUGUCCUCAAAGGUGGUAGAUUUGAUUUUAACAUAUGUGGAAGAUAAGAUGGGAAAGCCAUUUAAAUUGGCAGUGGACGUUGGCUGCGGGACAGGAAAUUCCACUCGGAAACUUGCUGCUCAUUUCCAGGAAGUGAUUGGAGCAGACACUAGUGAGAGUCAGUUAAAUGUAGCCCGAUCAUGCACUUCCGAGAAUAAUAUUACUUAUAUAUUAUCACCAUCUGAGAGUUUGCCUCUAGAAGACAACUCGGUAGACAUAAUAAAUGCAAGUCUUGCAGUUCAUUGGUUUGAUGUGGAGAAGUUCAUGCAAGAAGCCGCUCGAGUUCUCAAACCUGGUGGCUGUCUGGCCUUAAGCUCCUGGUUGUUAAAGACUGAGAUUUAUUAUAAAGACCACUCUGAGACUCUUACAAACAUAUUUAAUGAGGCUGUCAGACAUAUUUCUAAGUAUUCAGUAAAGAUACUGGAGCACCUGAAGUCUGAAUACGAAACUAUAUUUGAAGCCGUACCCUUCUCUGAUAAAGAGAGAAUCAAUGACAUUCUUGAAAUAUAUCCGGUAACUGUAACAGAUCUCUUGGGUCUGAUCCAGGCAUUAUAUAUAUAUCAGGAAUUUCUGGAAGAAGACCGAAAAGAAGCCCUGAUGUUUUUGCAAAAUGUAGAUAAAAGGUUCUUGGAUGUUUUGGGAGAAAACGAUUUUCACGCCACUAUGGAGGUGCAUUUGAAGCAUGCAUGUGUUCUAGCAUGCAAACCAAAACUCCAUGCAUAAGAAGGCAGACAUGUGCAUGAUUAUACUUUCAUAUGUAAUGUCAGUAUUUAGUGAAAAAAGUGUACUAUGAAUACAUUUAGUUA